GGUGCCUUAGCGGCUGCGCGCUGGCCGCUCCGUCCUUUCGGUCCCGGCGGCGGCGGCGGAGCCAGUGGCGCCUACCUUCCGGGCCUUUUCACGUCCACUCCAGUCUUCCGCCCGCGCUGCACUGCACUCCGCCACUAUGACAGAACAGGCCAUCUCCUUCGCUAAGGAUUUCCUGGCGGGCGGUAUCGCCGCUGCCAUCUCCAAGACGGCCGUGGCCCCGAUUGAGCGGGUCAAGCUGCUGUUGCAGGUGCAGCACGCCAGCAGGCAGAUCGCGGCCGACCAGCAGUACAAGGGCAUCGUGGACUGCGUGGUGCGCAUCCCGCGGGAGCAGGGCGUGCUGUCUUUCUGGCGGGGGAACCUGGCCAACGUCAUCCGCUACUUCCCCACCCAGGCCCUCAACUUCGCCUUCAAGGACAAGUACAAGCAGGUGUUCCUGGGCGGCGUGGACAAGCACACGCAGUUCUGGCGCUACUUCGCCGGCAACCUGGCCUCGGGCGGGGCGGCCGGCGCCACCUCCCUGUGCUUCGUGUACCCCCUGGACUUCGCCAGGACGCGCCUGGCCGCCGACGUGGGCAAGUCCAGCUCCGAGCGGGAGUUCCGGGGCCUGGGGGACUGCCUGGUGAAGGUCACCAAGUCGGACGGCCUCCGCGGCCUCUACCAGGGCUUCAACGUCUCCGUGCAGGGCAUCAUCAUCUACCGCGCCGCCUACUUCGGCAUCUACGACACCGCCAAAGGCAUGCUCCCUGACCCCAAGAACACGCACAUCGUGGUCAGCUGGAUGAUCGCACAGACAGUCACGGCCGUGGCCGGCGUCGUCUCCUACCCGUUCGACACCGUGCGGCGGCGCAUGAUGAUGCAGUCGGGACGCAAAGGAGCCGACAUCAUGUACACGGGGACCCUGCACUGCUGGCGGAAGAUCUUCAGGGACGAGGGCGGCAGGGCCUUCUUCAAGGGCGCCUGGUCCAACGUGCUGCGCGGCAUGGGCGGGGCCUUCGUGCUGGUCAUCUACGACGAGCUUAAGAAGGUCAUCUAGCCGCCGCCGCCGCC